AUGGCUGCACAACCAGGCGCCCGUCCUGCCGCUCGUGCUGGCCUACCCUUGGGGUUGCAACCUUUCCAUCUCCUCUACCUCUGCAUUGUAGGCUCCAUCGUUGUUGGCGGCAGUUUGUACGCAAUUGCAACGGGCUCGCAUCUCUACAAUGUCGCCGAAGGAUUCGAUCGGUUGCACGUUCUCAACGCAGCAACUUCCUCUAGUCCCACUACGCACACCGCUUUCCUACCCCCCACAAGCUACUUUGCGGACAAGCGCAACGUUCUCAACCAGCUCUUCGUCAAGCGUGCUUGGGGGUGGAAUAUCCUUGCAUUCAUAAUUCAAGCUCUCUUCUUAAAGUCCGCCAUCUCCGGAUCGGGGAGGGAGGCUGCGCAGAGAAAGAAAGACGAUGAUGUUGCAGUGGUCCCCACCGGGCCUGCAGUCGCGGCCGCCCAAAAGACGGCAGCUACAAGGAAGUCCACUAUUGGAUCGCCCUUGUCCAUCUCUUUGUUCAGAUUUGCGACUGCGACGCUGUGUUGGGUGCUCUUCGCCGGAUGGUUCUUUGGCCCGCCGCUCAUGCUGCGCGUGCUCAUCGCUACCGGUGGUGAAUGCGUGCCCGUCAACACAGCUCCGACGACCUCUCUAUUUUCGCUGCCUGCAAAAGUGGACACGGUGUACUGCUACAGGCGCAAGAGCCUCACUCGCUCGUCCCAUCCACACCUCUUCCCUGCUGGUGAUGCCUUUGCAUCGAGAGUGGCCUCGCACGGCGGUGUCAAAGUGCAGUGGAAAGGAGGACACGACGUCUCGGGCCACACCUUCAUCUUGACCCUCUCGAUCUUAUACCUGCUCGAAGAGCUAUCGCCAUUCGUCCCGUAUCUCGUACCCGCCUUGGCAGACUUCUACCCCAAGAGUGUCUGGUGGCCGACCAAUCCGUUCAGAGGACCUGCGCCAGCCGCCGUUAGCACUGGGCAUUCGAAAGGUGCGAAAAAGCCGACGCCCAUGCAGGCGCUCAGCCUCGCUGCUGCGCUCUCCGUCCUCGCUCUUAUUGGCUUGUGGAGCUUCAUGCUGCUCACAACGCAGGUGUACUUCCACACCACCUUUGAAAAGGCGACAGGCUUUUUGACUGCCUUGGCAGCAUGGCUGUUGCUUCCCAAAGAGCGUUGA